AUGACCUUCCUAACGACCCGAGAAGAGGUGACAGCCUACCUUGAUGACCUACAGAAGAGGCUGGAUAAGGAAGAGGAGGAGGAGGAGGAAGAGGAGGGAGGCAAGUCCACCCAGCUCUCCACCCACCCAGACACCCGCCCUGCAUCCCCACACGUCCUCUCCACGUCCCACAAUCCUCAGCACUCCGCAGGAAACAGCCCCCCCGCUCAGCCCACAGCCCCCCCACAGCCCCAGGACGCCACGCAGCCCCUCCGGAAGGCUGUGGCGGCCUCCAGGGAGUGUCUGGAAGGCCUGGAAGGUGCUCUGGGCUCUGGAAAAGUUGGAGUCGUUAAAAGGCUGUCCGUCAUGGAAGAGAGAUUGACGAAGUUGAAGGAACUACAGCGGAAGGUGGAGGAGGAAGAGAAGAACAUGGACUACAUCACCACCACAUCCGCUGGCCUUGUAGUGGAAGGUGGAGAGGUGAAGGUGGAGGUGGAGAGGCUCGUUGACCAGUGGAGGCUGACGACAGGCAAGCUGGUGGAGAGAAUUGAUGCUACAGAGAGAGCCAUCAAGCAGACCAGGCAGUACGAGGAGGAGGUGUGUGGAUUGAGAUCAUGGCUGUCUGAGGUGGAGGUGUUCCUGAAGGCGGAGGAGGCUGCCUUGGGGGACGUGGAGACCCUGGAGGCACAGAUGGAGCAGUCUAGUGCCCUGCAGGAUGACAUCACCACUCUGCGGUCAAACAUGGAGAACAUCACCACCGCAGGGCUGCAGCUGGUGGAGGAGGCCCGGGCAGGGGAGGAGGAGGAGGAGAAGGGGAAGGAGGAGGAGAAGGAGGAGGAGGAGGGGGAUGUGGAGUUCUCGAGGGCCCUGAAGGAGGAGGUGGAGGCCUUGAAGGAGCGCUGGGAGGCUGUGACGGAGCUGGCAGUGCUGCAGAAUCGGAGUCUGAGGGAGGCACUGGACAGGAGCAGAAAGGUGCACAGUGACAUCCAGAGCCUUGUGGUGUGGCUAGAGGGGCUGCAACACCGCAUCCCGCCCCCCACCACCACCGCCACCACCCUGGAGGACCUCACCACCGCCACCGCCACCCUGCAGGCCCUGAAGGAGGAGGUCACGGCUAAGGGAUCUGACCUCACUGACCUUAAUAAUAUUGGGGAUCAGAUGCUACAGGAGGACUCGGCAGCGACACACGAGGACCUGGCCAAGAGGUUUACGCAGCUCAAUAAGAAGUUCACGGAAUUGGCAGCCAUGGUUGACUCCAGGCACAAGCAGUUCUCGGAAACUUUGAAAGCCUACGAGGAAUUCAAAGGACUGUGCCAAGAGGAGGAGAACUGGCUUAAUGAACUCCAGGUAAAGCUUGCGGGGUCUUCCAACGAGGCUGCAGACGCUGAGGAGAUCUCCGAAACCCUGGAUGAACUUGAAAUAUUCCUGCACAGCCAUAAUGAAAGGCGAUUGGACAAGAUAAGACUGCUGGGGGAGGCCCUGGGGAGUCAGAGUGGCCUGGGGACAGAGGUACAGGCCACGACCUCUGACCUCACCUCUCGCUUCACCUCUCUCAAUGCCCAGGUGGAGGCACAGUUGUUGGAGCAGAAGGCAGUGCUAGACAAGAUGGCCGCCCAGGUGGAGAUGUACAGGUCGGAAGGGAAGGGAGAGGCUGCAGUGAGGCUGGAUGACCAAUUAACUCAUUUGCAGCACAAGUACAAGGAGGUGAAUGGAAAGCUGGACCUGUGCGUUCAGAAGUCCUCGGAAUUUGACGGAAGGUUACAAAAAGCAGGGGAACAGCUGGAGACCCUUGGGGAGAGCGUUGCCCAGCUCCGAGUGCCCUUGGGAGACUGCGAGGCCAUUCAGGGACAGCUCACUCAGUGCCUGACCCUGUACCAGACUCUGAGUGAGGUGAAAGGAGAGGUCGAGGACGUUAUUGCCACAGGUCGCAAGAUGGUGAAGGAAGGUCAGUGUGGCGACCCAGCUGACCUGACCUCAAGACUGGACCAGGUCAAGGCUCUGUACAACCAGCUGGGGGGCGCUGUGACAGAGCACCGGGGGAGCCUGGAGAGGGCUCUUCGCAAUACUCGGAAGGUUACGAAGGAUUGCCAACAGCUGGAGGAGUGGCUGGCGGCAACUGAGGCGGAACUGGACCAGAGGGAGGCUGCAAUCCACUCCAGGAACCUUCAGGCGGAGGUCCACUUUGUCCAGCACGCCCUGGAGGACCUCUCAAGACGCAAGCCACUGUUAGCGGGGGUACGGGAGGGGGUGGCAGGGCUGGUGAGGGAGGCCGGCCCCCUGCCCGCCUUGGAGGAGAGGGUGGCUGACCUGACCUUGACCUGGGAACGAGUCACCACCAGGCUGUCCAAUCGCCUCGUUCAUGUACAGAGUGAGCAGGCUGUGAAGGAGGGGGAGAUGGAAGACUUCAUUAUAGGCCUAGGGGAGGUUAAGGGGUGGGUGGAAAGCAGCGAGGGUCAACUGAGGUCGCUCCAGUCCCUCCCUGAAGAUGAACAGCUCCGGGUGAUCAAGCUGGUGCAGGAGGAGUCUCAGCAGUACCGGGGCCAGCUGGAACAGAUCAGGGUGUCCUCCGAGUCCCUGACCUCCCAGGGUGUGCUGCACCAGGAUAGGGUCGCCCCUGAACUGCAGGACCUUGCCCGCCGCUGUGACGCCAUUGCUGACACCCUGCAGAUGCACACACGUCCUCAGGCAGCCAUCAGUGUUCCUCUCUUUGUCAAGCCUUCAACUCAAUCUGUCACCUCUCACUCAAAUGUUCACUCAACCUCUCGCUCUGAGGGCACGACAGGGGUGACAGGGGACGUGGCAGGGGAUGCACGUCACCCCUGCGAUCCUCCAGGGGGCCGUGCAGGGGAGGUGAGCCCCCUGUUGCCUGCCGGGGGGGGUGAAAUGAGAGAGGUUCAGAAGGAUGUGUCAAUAUUGGCUAGGCAUCCCAGUUCGAGUGUGGGUAAUUUCUCCCCUUGGUUCUCCGCCGUGGGGGGGGCUAUGGGUGAGUGGGCGGAGGAGGAGGAAGAGCAGUCCCCUCCGCCCCUUGUGACCCACUCUGCCGGUGGACUCUCGCCCUCCAUGGUGGAGUUUUUGCGGAAGCAUAACGUGGCUGUGAGGGACACGAGAGACGUCCAGGAGGAAGAGGAAGAGGAGAUUGAAACACUCCCCUCAUUACCACCUUACUUCACACUGCCUAUGCUGUCCGGAGGUGUGGAGGAGUGGAGGAGUGCACCGUUCACCCUUCCGCCACUUCCACAUCCACCACACUCCACCACGCACUCGGAAACACCAUCGCAAAGUACCACAAGUCAAGCAGGUCCCUCCGCGAUGGUGCCAAGUGGUGCCAGGGACGCGGCGAGGGGCACAGGGCCACAGCGGAGUCAGACGAAGAAGGCAGUCCGCUUUGAUGACGUGGAUGAAGUGUACAUGGACGUCCGCAGUGAGGAGGACAGCGUGGAAGACAUCCUAGCCCACAUGGAGGUGGUGGAGGCUGCCGACAUGGAGAGUGGAUCGCUGGUGGAAGUGACAUAUCAAGUGGAGGACUGGAGGAGGAGGCGGAUGGGAAGUGGAUUUGCUCCGCCCGGAUUUGAUGUCUCGGAUUCAGAUUCAGAUGGUGUGUUUGACGAUAUUACCCACUUUACUUAUCCUCUCACAUCCCAGCCUCUCCAAGCCCCCCAGCCUAUCCCAGCACCUCUCCCAGCCUCUCAGCCUAUCCCAGCAGCUCUCCCAGCCUCUCAGCUUAUCCCAGCACCUCUCCCAGCCCCCCAGCCUAUCCCAGCACCUCUCCAGGCCUCCCAGUCUCUCCCAGACCAGUCUUUCCCAGUACAGCCUUUCCCAGCCCAGCCUCUCCCAGUCUCCUCCCAAGCUUUCAUCACUCCCACAGUCACAACACAGGUCACAGCAGCCCUCUCCCAGCCUCUCCCAGCCACACAGCCUCUCCCAGAUACCUCCCAGCCUCUCCCAGCAGAAGAGGACCUAGGAAUUGAGUGUCUGACAGAGGAACGCAUCACAGGUUACAAAAAUAUUGAACGCAGGAGGGAGGAUGUGCUAAAAGGGGCAGGAAUCACUCUUAUCUCCCCGUCCAUGGCCUCUCACACCCUCACACUCCUACCUGGUGCACUGGAGAAGCCCCUGGAGUCGGAUACUGCCGUCCCAGAGCGCAAGAUCUCAACCGCAUCCAUAGAAACUGAUCCGGGCAGAGGAGAGACUGUCGAAGGUUUUGAAAUCGGCAAUGUCUCCCCAGCCUUCGCCACUGCAGGUCAGGUGAGCACCAGCCUGCCGGGGAAGUGGACUGCAGAGGUCGUAAUAAGCCAGGUGAUGGAGGUGUUCGACGAUGCAAGCUCCACAUCUCCACCUGUGGGCAACGGAGGGUGUGUGGAGGAGGAGAUCAAGAGGAAGGUAUCAACCGCUUCAUUGGACGUUGAUCUGACUGAAGGAGAGGUGGUGGCUGUACUGCAGGAGGGGACGCCACCCACCUCCUUUGCCGCAGAGACUCAGGUUCCCGCCACCACGUCCCCAGGGCUGGCCAGUGGUGUGGCGACCUCCAGGGUGGUGCUGGUGGGGCCUGUGGAGGACGUGAAGAUGAAGGAAGAGAAGGAAGCGAAGGAUGAGGAAGAUGCUAGCAAUGUCAAGAACACAAAUGAUCCUGCAGAGGUUUCUAAGGACGUGCAGGAGGUCAGCCAUGUCCUAAGUCCCCCUGGCACGUCCUGGGAGGGCCUAGGAGUCGUCAAGGGGAGGAAGCUCUCCACCGCGUCCCUGGAAGUGGAGGUGCCCGGCGUGGAGGUGGUGGAGAUGACACCUGAGGAGGAGACACGCGUCAGAAGGUUUGCAUGUCUCACGGAAGUCCUGGAGACCCCUGGGGAGUCGUGCCACGCCCUUGUGACCACCGUGGAGGCCGUCACUGGGACCCUCGACAAAGAGCGUUCCGACACGACGCACUCCGACGAACAGACAGACGAAGGCUUACCGUUGGGCUUCGAGGCCUCACACAUGGCUGCCCACACUCCUGCAGCGCCGUCGGUCCUCUCCAGCGACAUACCAAGCCAGACCAGCGACCUGAGUGACCUUGACCCCCAGAACAGCGACCUACGAACCUGUAUAUCCGCUCUUCCGCAGGGCUACACCUUUGCCACCACUGUCGAGGAGAGUGACCGCGUGUCCGAAGCCUUAUCUUAUUACGACAUACAGGACUCGUUGGCUGUGGUGGACCGCUAUGGGGUGGCUGUGACUGUGACAGGGACACUGGGGGAUGCUGGGGUGGAGCAGGAGCGUGGAAUGUCCCCUGUUGGGCUUCGGAUGAGGUCAAAACACUCUUCUCUUUAUGAUUUGCUUGGUUUAGAGAAAGAGGAGAUGGAGCGCAGGGACGAGGAAGGAAGGAAACGAGAGGAGGAGAGGAAAGGUGAUAUGGAAUGGAAGAAAGAGGAGAGGAAGGAAGAAAUGAUUAAACGGAAGAUCAAGGAAGAGAGCAACGACAAGCAGGAGGAAGAGGAGGAAGGAACGAAAGGAGGAGAGAGAAAAGAGGAGGAAAGCGAGAGGAAGAGAAUGAAAAUUGAUGAAAAUCUAAGGAAGGAAGGAGAGGUUGAGACACACAAGAAGAAAGAAGAGGAAGAGGAGGCAAUAGAACGCAGGAAGGAAGAGGAAGAAGAGAAAGAAGAGGCCAUGGAACACAGGAAGGAAGAAGAGGAGGAAGAGAAGGUGACAGAAGCACCACAAACCAUGCAAACCUUCCUUACUGACGUCCAAGAGUUUUCCCAGCAAAGGCCCCUGCAGACCACCACCACCAUCACCACCAAGGGCAAGAUAGAGAAAACGGAUGCUGUAGGACUCACUGGGGGCGCUGCAGUGAGAGAGGGACACUUAGAGGAGAGAGAAACAGGAGAACAAAGGAUGGAAACAAAUCAAACGACUACAAGCAACACAGAAAUAGAGGAAAUUGUGCGGCCAGUCAAAAGGACAUUGAAACAGGACACCAUUGACUUUGAAAGGCUCAGGGACGCCCCUCGGUCACCCUCAGUCGACGAGCCACCCGUUAAAGCUGCCAGGAAGCCGUCAAGGGUCAACGAACCAGUGAAACCUGAUGUCCUGCCUGUGGACCGCCUACAGUACCUGACCGGGACACCACAGGGGAGGGCUGGUGUACCUGGAGCCCUGCCUGUACCACUGCCUCCCAUCCUGCAGGUGAAGGAGGCUAAGGAGGUGCAGGAGGAGGUGAAGGAGGAGGUCACGAAGACUGUCUAUCUUACUCCAGCAAUGAGGAAGGAAAGUGAGGACAAGACAGGUCAAAUGAGGUCACAGGAGGUCAUGGGGAAGGAUUCUAGUGGUCUAUCCAAGAGUCCUACAGAGAAGAAGGUCAUAGAGAAGGAUCUUAAUGUCCUAUCUGAGUGUCCUACAGAGGUGAGGUCACAGGAGGUCACAGAAAAGGACCCUAGUAUCCUAUCUGAAUAUCCUACAGAAGUGAGGUCACAGGAGGUCACAGAAAAGGACCCUAGUAUCCUAUCUGAAUAUCCUACAGAAGUGAGGUCACAGGAGGUCACAGAUAAGGACCCUAGUAUCCUGUCCAAGAGUCCUACAGAGGUGAAGUUCGCACUGGGCACUGAGGUCAGGUCACAGCAGGUCAAGACAGCCUCCCUCAAGCAGGUCAAGAUUGGAGGGGUCACUGAGAUAAAGGAUAAAGAAAACGAGGGAUUUGCAGAAAACGGACAUUCCAGGGGCACUAAACAGAGUCCCAUUCAUUACGUUCCACAUGUCCCACUUGACCAGGACACGGCUGGGACUCCCGGACCAGAUUACGUGUCCCAUGUCCCAACGGCGCCCUCCACACACACCAAGAGGUCCAUUUCACACGCCCAUAUGUCUGUUGAUGUCCACUAUGUCCCACACGCCCCUGGUGACGUCCUGCGGGAUGUCCCAGGGGAGGAUACACCCGUGGGACAUCAGGAUCCAGGGGGUAGGAAGGAUAAAGUAGAAAAGGAAGGUAAAAUAGGAAAUAUCCCAUGUGUCCCAGUGUCCCAGGAGCCUGUCCCAUGUCCCAGAGCAGAGAAGGAGAUGGAAAUAUUGUCCCAGCAGCCCUCUGUGGACGCUCCCAAGGACACAACAGGAGCGAAGCCAAAAAGGAGUAAGGACACGCAGGUUCAGUAUGUCCCACAUGUCCCAGUGUCCCAGGAAGCUGCCAAGGACUCCAAGGACAGCAAACCACAGCCUAAGGACACUUCUAAGGACGUCCCAAGGAAGGAACAGAAGGGUGGAGGCAAGGACACGCAGGUUCAGUAUGUCCCACAUGUCCCAGUGUCCCAAGAGGCUGCCAAGGACUCCAAGGGCACCAAACCACAGCCUAAGGACACUUCUAAGGACGUCCCAAGGAAGGAACAGAAGGAUGGAGGCAAGGACACGCAGGUUCAGUAUGUCCCACAUGUCCCAGUGUCCCAGGAAGCUGCCAAGGACUCCAAGGACGCCAAACCACAGCCUAAGGACACUUCUAAGGACGUCCCAGGGAAAGAAAAGAAGGAUGGAGGCAAGGACACGCAGGUUCAGUAUGUCCCACAUGUCCCAGUGUCCCAAGAGGCUGCCAAGGACUCCAAGGACAGCAAACCACAGCCUAAGGACACUUCUAAGGACGUCCCAAGGAAGGAACAGAAGGGUGGAGGCAAGGAUACGCAGGUUCAGUAUGUCCCACAUGUCCCAGUGUCCCAAGAGGCUGCCAAGGACUCCAAGGACACCAAACCACAGCCUAAGGACAAUUCUAAGGAUGUCCCAGGGAAAGAAAAGAAGGAUGGAGGCAAGGACACGCAGGUUCAGUAUGUCCCACAUGUCCCAGUGUCCCAAGAAGCUGCCAAGGACUCCAAGGACAGCAAACCAAAGCCUAAGGACACUUCUAAGGACGUCCCAGGGAAAGAAAAGAAGGAUGGAGGCAAGGACACGCAGGUUCAGUAUGUCCCACAUGUCCCAGUGUCCCAAGAGGCUGCCAAGGACUCCAAGGACAGCAAACCACAGCCUAAGGACACUUCUAAGGACGUCCCAGGGAAAGAAAAGAAGGAUGGAGGCAAGGACACGCAGGUUCAGUAUGUCCCACAUGUCCCAGUGUCCCAGGAAGCUCCCAAAGACACUAAGGACAGCAAACCACAGCCUAAGGACACUUCUAAGGACGUCCCAAGGAAAGAAAAGAAGGAAGGAGGCAAGGACACGCAGGUUCAGUAUGUCCCACAUGUCCCAGUGUCCCAGGAAGCUGCCAAGGACAUGAAGGACAGCAAACCACAGCCUAAGGACACUUCUAAGGACGUCCCAAGGAAAGAAAAGAAGGAUGGAGGCAAGGACACGCAGGUUCAGUAUGUCCCACAUGUCCCAGUGUCCCAGGAAGCUGCCAAGGACAUUAAGGACAGCAAACCACAGCCUAAGGACACUUCUAAGGACGUCCCAGGGAAAGAAAAGAAGGAUGGAGGCAAGGACACGCAGGUUCAGUAUGUCCCACAUGUCCCAGUGUCCCAGGAAGCUGCCAAGGACUCCAAGGACGCCAAACCACAGCCUAAAGACACUUCUAAGGACGUCCCAAGGAAAGAUAGGAAGGAUGGAGGCAAGGACACGCAGGUUCAGUAUGUCCCACAUGUCCCAGUGUCCCAAGAGGCUGCCAAGGACUCCAAGGACGCCAAACCACAGCCUAAGGACACUUCUAAGGACGUCCCAGGGAAAGAAAAGAAGGAUGGAGGCAAGGACACGCAGGUUCAGUAUGUCCCACAUGUCCCAGUGUCCCAGGAAGCUCCCAAAGACACUAAGGACAGCAAACCACAGCCUAAGGACACUUCUAAGGACGUCCCAAGGAAGGAACAGAAGGAUGGAGGCAAGGACACGCAGGUUCAGUAUGUCCCACAUGUCCCAGUGUCCCCAAAACCACAGGUGAUCCGUAGGACAUCGAAGGACGUCAAGGUGGAGAGGAAGGACAUGACCAAGGACAAAAGAGAGGCAGAGGACUCGCCUAAGGACGUUCCCGAGGAGGAGAGGGCACAGAAAGUACAGUACGUCCCUCAUGUCCCAAUAUUAACGUGGGAGGAGGCGCAUCCUUCACGACCGAAGGAUGUGUGGGGAGUGAAGGAUGCCAGGGGUGUGUCUAAAGGAUCUCCGGAUGUCCCAAAGAAGGAUUCUAAGGUGUACGUCCCAGCGGUGUCCCCUUACGUCAUGAAGCAUCCUCCACCAGCAACUAAGGACACCACUAAGGACACUCCUAAGGACACCACUAAGGACACCACUAAGGACACCCCUAAGGACACCACUAAGGACACCACUAAGGACACUACUAAGGACACUACUAAGGACACUAUUAAGGACACCCCAGAGGAUAAGGACUCUAGGAUACGUGGCCAAACAGAAACACGUCAGUCUAUUGCAGGAAAGGACACGCAGACGGGGAUUAAGGACAUUUCUAAGGACACUCCCAAGGACACUACCGGAGCGAAGCCAAAGGACACGAAGAUACACUACGUCCCACAUGUCCCAGUGUCCCAGGAUGUCCCAGAAGCUCCCCAGAAGGACAUCAUUGCAGUGGACAUAUUGAAGGAUGCCAGGAAGGAGGGAAGGAAGAAAGAUAUUAGGAUUAAUUAUGUUCCUUGUGUUCCUGUGUCGAAUGAACCGUGUGUCCCGAAGUCUGUGUCCCAGAAGAGGGUUUUGGGACACCACCAAGUGAGAGCAGAGAUUGAGACCCGAGAGGAAAGUAGGGUGAAGAAAACGGACAGCAAACAGAAAACGGAGAUCGGUAAGGUGAAAACGGAUGCCAAAGAAAAGGUAGUUGAAAAGAAAACGCACGCCGAAGAGAAAACGGACACCAGGAUACCAAGGAAAACGGACAGCGAAGAGAAAACGGACAUCAAAGAGAAAACGGACGCUGGAACACCAAAGAAAACGGAGAACAAACAGAAAACGGACACCGAAACUCCAAAGAAAACGGAGACCAAACAGAAAACGGACACCAAAGCAGCAACAGACACUAAACAAACCACAAGCGCUGAACAGAAAACGGAAAUUGGGACACUAGAGAAGGACAUCACCCAAAUUAUAGCUGCAGAAGUUGACACCACUGGCCCUGAGGACACCACCACCACCACCACCUCACCACCGCCCUACCACAAACCUCAGCAGAAAUUUGGGACAUCUGGGGACUCGUAUAAACUACACUAUGUCCCCUGUAAGCUCAAGGACACCACAGCACCACACAGCAGUUUGGCGGACAUUGGUUGUGCCCCUCUUGCCCCGGAAAAUUUAGAGAGACCGAAAGAAAAUGGGAAAAAUAAGGAAAUUGAAGUUAAUAUUCCUAAACUCAUUAUCACAUCACCAUCUGUGCCCAAACUCUGUGAAAUGGGGACAUCUUCACUACCGCAGCCGCCACAGCAGCCACAGCAGCCGCAGGAGUGUUGUAAACAGGAGAUGAGUGGAAGCAAGACUACUACUAUCACUACUACUAUCACCACUACUACUACUACUACUACUACUGCUGCACCACCACCACCACCACCACCACCACUAGAGGAGAAUGAGAAGGAUGAGGUGGAAGACUACUUACGAGAGGUCAGCCUGAUGUCGGACAAGGUCACCGCCCUCUCCACCCAGGCACAGACACCCCCACCCUACCAGAUAGCCCGCCAUCGACUGGAGGUGCUGGAGGCAGAGGUGAGCCAGCUGGAGCCUGACGUAGCCACCAUCAUCUCUCAUGGCGACACCCUGACCCUGACGACACACAUAGUGGACGUACAGCGCGCCCACAACAUCAGGGUGGCUGUGAACGACCUCAGGGCUCAGUGGUCGACCCUUAAGACCCUGACCGAGGGGCAGAAGACAGAGGUGGAUAAAGUCACCUCCGAGAUAGCGACUGUGUCCGUACGAGCAAACGACAUAAUUGGCUGGUGUAACGAUGCUGCCAAACGACUCACUCUGGCUAACAAUGACGAGAGCCAAUUGCAGGCCCUGGAGGUGGAGAUGGCGCAGAAGAAGAAGGAAUUAGAAGCUCUUAAUGAAAGUGGAGCGCUCCUUAGACGUUAUCAGUAUGCACAGAUCCAGCCAGCCUUGACCCUGCUAAACAUGAGGUGGUCAGAGGUCACAAUGCAACUCAGGCACUACUCCAAGGCGACCCUGGAGAAGAAGGGCGUGCUGCAGGAAAGCACCACCACCACCACCACCACCACCACCAGCAGCACAGCAUCAGUGUCAUCAUCAGCCCUUCAGGCCACCAUUGCUCAGCUGCGGGAGGGCGUCGCGGCCAUGGCCAAGCAGCUGGGGGGGCCGGUCCUCACCUCCCCCACCCCCUACCAUGAUCUGAAGGCACAGGAGGAGGAGCUGAAGAGGAUCAGGGAACGUCUGGCCGAACUCAAGCCCCAGGUGGAUGGCGUGGAGGAGGAACGGAGGGCCCUGGGGAGGCUAGGUGGAGGAGGGGUGGAAGACGAGGCCGUGCGGAGAGCUGGGGACAAGCUGAGGGAGGAGUGGGCACAGGUGAACCGCGGCCAGACGGAGCAGCACGCAAGGUGGCUAGACUGCUCCCAGAAGUGGAUGAACCUACACAGGACGGUGGAGGAAUUUUCAGCGUGGAUGGAGGAGGCGGAGGGGCGGAUGAGGGGGACCGCUGCCCAGGUGCUGGUGGAGGCCAAGGUCACACAGAAGGAGAUGGAAAAACAGGUCACUCUUAAGCACAGACCCAGCCAGGCCCUGCAGACACUCAGCAAGGAGGUGGUGGAAGGGAUGCAGGCGGAGGAGGGGCGGAAGCUGCAAGAGAGGGUGGAUGGAUUAAUGAAGAGGUGGAAGGCGUUGUUGGUGGACUUGGCUGCCCGUCGGGAGAGAAUAGCGGAAGAGGAAAGUGGAGGAGGAGGAAGAAAGGAAGAAGUGGAAGAAGAAGUGGAAGAACAAAUAAAAGCAAAAACCAAGACAGAAAUUAAAGAAGGAAUCACCACCACCACCACCACCACCACCUCCACCUACCCAUUGAGUGGACUACUAGGUGGAGCAAUGGAAUACGAGGCACUUGUCAACUGGGUGGAGCAGGUGGAGGCUCUGAUGGCCGCCCCAGUGAAUGUAACAGAUGAGGCUUCCUUGUCCGCGCACUCCACUAUGGUGCAGAAUCACCUGAAGGAGUUGAACAGCAAACAAGCCGCGAUGAGGAAGAUGAAGGAAGGGAGACUAAGAGCAGCAACCACUCCCUCUCUCCCACAGAUCUCCUCCCUCGAUGCCCGGAUCACCAAGCUUUCCCAAACGUUACCUGAAUACAAGAACAAAGUGGAGACCAAGCUUGGGGUCAUCCAGACACUGUGCCAGGAGGUGGAGGAGGUGUACAGGUGGACCGAGGAGAUGAGGGUCAAGCUGGCCCUCCGUAACCUCAGCCCGGAGGAGGUCAGGUCAGCCAGGGUCAUGCUAAGAGAGAAAGAAGCAAUGUUUGAGAAUCUCGACACGACGUUUUGGGUCCUCGCGCAGGAUGUGGAAGCCAAGAGACUCUGUGCUUCUGUGGUGUUGAAGAAUCGUAUCUCUACAAUAGAAGCAAGAUUAAAAGCUAUGCAAAUUCAGCUGAAGGACGCCGCCCCCGCCCCCCCAGCGCCCCCCCAGGCCGAGGAAGGGGGGCAGGGGGCGGGGGAGGGAGCAGCGACCCCCGUUGGCUCCACUGUGACUGAAAAUGUGACUUCAGUUAUUAAAAAUGUCAUUAAAUUCGAAGAGACGGUGCUAAGGGAGGGGCAGGAGGUGCGCCCCCCUCCCCCUGGUGUGCCCCCCACGCCACCCCCCAGACUCAUCCCCCGUGUUGAUUCUUGCCUCGCUCGACAAAAGCAUCCUGCAGAUACGGGAUUGGCUCACGCUUAUGGAACAGAUGUCUCGCCAGCAAACAGUGAGCGUGGGAGAUGCUGGGGAGAUAAGGAACCUCACGGAGAAGCAGAAGAACGUUUUGAGGGAGUUGGAAGGCAAGAAACCGCAACUUGAUGAUCUAGUAUGCUCAGCUGACAGCCUGAAGGAGGACGCCUCAAGGACACAGCUGCAUCAGAAAGUUUCCAAGCUGAGGGAGCACUGGGACGAGACAAACAGUGUGGUGUUGGCGCGGAAGACCCAGCUGGACGCCAUGUUGACAGACACACACAAAUACGACAUUAAAAGGACUGAGUUGGAGGCGUGGCUGAGCAGAAUGGAGGCGAGGCUGGAGA